AUGGAUGUUUUCUUCAUCAAACGACGAUGGUGGCUGAUCACAACGUAUUAUUACUCGUGGUUUCCUGAAAUUGCUCUUCUUCAAAGCCCAUCCUCAAAUGUGGUGAUUGAACUGUGCAAGUUCGUCUUCGCUUGCCAUGGCAUCCAAGAGGUGGUCAUAUCGGAUAACAGACCCCAGUUCUCAGGAUCUCAGGCUUCAGAGUUAAAGAAAUUUGUGGACACCAGCAGAUUUACUCACAUUACAUCGAGUCCUCAUUAUCCUCAAAGUAAUGGCCCCGCAGAAGCUGCUGUAAAGAUCGUUAAGAAUUCUUUCAAGAAGACAAGUGACCCCCAUGAGUCCCUCCUUGCAUACCGGUUGUUUCCUCUGCCUAACGGCUAUUCUCCAUCGGAGCUGUCAAUGGGUCGCAAGCUUCGCACGCCCAUUCCCGUUCCCUGCGAGAACGUUCUUCCAAAGACCCCUGACCCCAAAGAAGUGAAGACUCAAGAGGAGAUGCUGAAACUCAAGCAAGCAACUUGGUAUAAUGCUCGAUAUGUGGUUCGACUGCUACCGCUGGUAGAUGUUGGAGAUGAUGUAUGGACAAUCGACCUUAAACGUUUAAACGUCAAGUGA